AUUGUUUUCGUCUCGGUUUUCCCAUCCCAAUUUCAAGGUUACUUCCUUAGAAUUGGAUUUAAUUAUUGUUGUGUAUGGUAUUUUAGAAAAGAAAGACAAUGGUGUUUAAAUUAGUGCGCAUUGAUGCGGAAGAGCCGAAUAAAAUUCAGCUACCUCUAGGAACACAUUUAAUAGGGAGAGGAAAAUUUCUCGAUUGCGAAGAUAAGCGAAUAUCGAGAAACCAUGGUCAUCUUAUCAUAACAGGGACAAGUGUAGUCAUAGAGGCGUUGCACCAAAACCCCUGUUUCUUCACAAAAAAGGGUUCAGAAGAAAAGCAAGUGUUAAAAAAGUCCUCUAAAGAAAUACUUGACAAUGGUGAUAGAUUUGGGCUCUUGCCAGGGUCCUAUUGGUAUGAGGUGUUGCACUGUACUAUAGAAACAGACAGCCAAGCGACUGAUGUGUCAAACACAGAAGAGCUUGACCCGGGUAAAGGUGAAACUGAUCAGGAUAGUCAGAUAGAUCAGACGUUAAACACAGAAAACGUUAAUUCGAAUGUUAAUGAAGAAAGAAAGAAUGAGGAAGAUAAUGAAGAUUCUGUUUUGAAUUUUGAUUUAAAUGAGACAGUGGGAAAUGCUGGAAGACCUGAAUCACCAUCAUUACUCGACCAACAAAAUGAACAGAAUUCGCCUCACCAACAAAUUGGGCCUUCAAGUCCAACCACCACAGAGCCCACAGACCCACCAGAACCCACAGUUCCCACAGACCCACCUGAACCCACAACUCCUACAGACCCACCAGAACCCACAGCUCCCAUAGACCCACAAGAACCAGCAGCUCCCACAGAUGCACACAAACCAGAGGUUCACACAGAACAGGAAUCAACAGUAUCACCACCUAAAAGAAGUCACAGUCCAGAAAGGGACGAUGGAGUUAAGAGGAUAAAGACGGAGCCGGAGGACAUUAAAAAAGAGUUAUUGGUGAAGCUGGAGCCUGAUGCCAGUGAUGCGGCGGGACCCAGCUGUGGUCAGGCUGAUCAAGCUAGCGCAUCUAAAGCAGCAGACGGAAAGGCGCCGCCGAGUCCGGCGCCACCACGGGAACGCUGCAUGUAUGGAGCUGAUUGCUAUAGACGUAACCCAGUGCACAAGGCUCAGUUCGCGCACCCCCGGGACGCGGACUGGGGCGCGGGCGAGCAGGCGCCGUGCCCGUACGGCGCCGCGUGCCGCAAGCAAGACCCGAGGCACUGGCGCCUGCACUCACAUCCACCGCAAGCGCGCAUGCCACCCCCAGGUCAAAGGCCGAAAGCGAAAAAGCGCCAGCGGGCAUCCCAAUCAGUAUCAGGGUCUGACUCUGACCCUGAAUCAGCUGGAAGCCCUGGGUCCCCUCAGAACCUGAUUCUAACAACGAAAAGAGCCCGGAAGCCCCUGCCCAAGAUGGACUCCCAGGAUUCGGAAGAUGAGGACCCGUUCGCGAGCGACGGUAGCGAUGAUUGGGUGCCGCCGUCCGAUUACACUCAGACGCAGGAUUAUUAUUAAUGAUUGUUAAUAAAUGUUGCCUUUCAAAAAAAA